AUGUGUCAUGAUGUUCGUCCUUGCAAGCACCAUGUCUUUGAUCAGGUUCGGUGCCUGGUGUCACGUCUGAACAUGUCCGCUUCAGGGUUAUUUGAGACCUAUCUCCAAAGCCAAGGGCCCCCUUUCACAGAGAAGAAUCUGGACGUCUUUUGUGAACCUGACCACGCGUUUCCUCCGUUUGUCAGCCGGGCCAGCGAGAAGAAGGAAAUCGUGAUCAACCUCUACAAGAUCUUUGUCUUUUUCAACGCCUCCUUGGACAAUAUCACAAAAGAUCAGGAAAUCCUUCACAGUGACAAGGAAGACUUGCUACGGCGACUCAGAAACACCACCAACAAUACUGGUGGCCUUCUGGCUAAUCUCACCUGCCUGCUCUGCUCCGAGUACAAGGUCGACCACGUGGACGUGACCUACGGCAACAGUUCCAGCACCAACAACUUUGAGAAAAAACGACAAGGGUGCCAGAUACUCCGGAAAUACAAAAAUGUCAUCAGCCACGCUGCCCAAGCUUUGGGACACUGCCACCACAAGCAGACGUGAUACUAAACUGUCCUCCCUGGCUUG